AAUUUUUAAAUCAAACCAGCUGCGGCCUUGCGGUCUGCUAGUGCUAUAGGUACCGGAGGUGUGUUCACUUUCUCGUGAGCUUCCCAAUCAUGGCCACUCCAGGACGGGAGAGCCACUGUGACUGUAACCAAACACCCCGUCAACUGGCCAAGCAACACUGCUAGUACUAAAAAAAUCCCCACAGCUGUCAGCUCAAGCUUCAUAGUUCAUAGUGAUCCGCUCCCGUAGGCGACGUUCCGACUUCUGAGGGCAGUUCGAAGCCAAAAUACAAAUGGGAUUAUCAGCACGCAUGGCCCUUCGCACCUCCCUGCUGCUUUCUGGUUCUUCGCGCGUUGCUUCUUCGCACCUCAGUGCCCCUCCCCUCUCUCGCCAGAUAAGCAUGGAGGCACAAAGUGUUGCUACUCAGCUAAGUAAAUCUGGUUUAUUACGAACCCAGGGCCUUGUAGGAGGUAAAUGGACUGAAGCAUAUGAUGGAAAGACCAUAAAGGUUAACAACCCUGCUACUGGUGACGUUAUAGCAAAUGUCCCAUGCAUGGGUGGGAGGGAAACAAAUGAUGCAAUAUCAUCAGCUUAUGAGGCAUUCAAUUCUUGGAGCAAAAUCACUGCCACUGAAAGAAGCAAAUGCCUACGAAAAUGGUAUGAUUUACUAAUUGCUCACAAAGAAGAGCUUGGACAACUCAUAACUUUAGAGCAAGGAAAACCCCUAAAAGAAGCAUUGGGUGAGGUUAGCUAUGCAGCUGGUUUUAUUGAGUUCUUUGCAGAGGAGGCAAAACGUGUAUAUGGUGAUAUAAUUCCAUCAACUCUAGUGGAUCGUCGGUUGUUUGUUUUAAAGCAGCCUGUCGGUGUUGUUGGUGCUAUCACCCCUUGGAACUUUCCCUUGGCUAUGAUUACUCGGAAGGUUGGUCCUGCUCUUGCUUGUGGCUGUACUGUGGUUAUAAAACCCUCAGAACUUACACCCUUGACAGCUUUAGCGGCAGCUGAGCUCUCUAUUGAAGCUGGAAUACCUGCGGGUGUUGUGAAUGUGGUUAUGGGAAAUGCUCCUGAAAUCGGGGAUGCUUUACUUGCAAGUCCACAGGUAAGAAAGAUAACCUUCACGGGUUCAACUGCUGUAGGUAAGAAGUUGAUGGCUGGUGCUGCUGGGACUGUCAAAAGGGUGUCUUUGGAACUUGGCGGAAAUGCACCCUGCAUAGUUUUUGAUGAUGCAGACGUGGAUGUGGCAGUAAAAGGAGCUCUUGCAGCAAAGUUUCGUAAUUCUGGACAAACAUGUGUCUGUGCUAAUAGACUGAUCGUGCAAGAAGGUAUUUAUGAGAAAUUUGCAAAUGCUUUUUCAAAAGCUGUCCAGAAUCUGCAAGUUGGGGAAGGCUUUGGCGAAGGUGUGGUCCAGGGUCCACUAAUUAAUGAAGCAGCGGUACAAAAGGUUGAAUCACUUCUUCAAGAUGCUCUCUCAAAGGGAGCAAAAGUCCUUCUUGGGGGUAAAAGACAUAGUCUUGGAGCGACCUUUUAUGAGCCCACUGUAAUUGGAGAUGUCAACAACGAAAUGCUUAUUUCAAGAGAGGAAGUAUUUGGACCUGUUGCUCCUUUGUUGCGGUUUAAGGAGGAGGAAGAAGCUAUCCGCAUUGCCAAUGAUACAAACGCAGGGUUGGCUGCUUAUAUUUUCACAACAAACAUGCAACGAUCUUGGCGUGUCUCUGAAGCUCUUGAAUAUGGGCUUGUUGGUGUCAAUGAAGGAUUAAUUUCAACAGAGGUGGCUCCAUUUGGAGGAGUUAAGCAGUCAGGUUUAGGACGUGAAGGCUCGAAGUAUGGGUUGGAUGAAUAUUUGGAACUUAAAUAUGUGUGCAUGGGCAAUAUGAGCAACAGUUAAUAUGAAAGUUUAUGGUAGCUUCAGAAACAACUUGGAGGGAGGGUCUCUCAGUCUCUCAGGCACUUGAUGAAUGAUACAAAUGAUGAGCAGUCAGAUCCUUGGUGCUGAGGUAUCUAAAUAAUUUGCUGGCAGUACAGUUACUGAAAGGAAUGAAUAGACUCUCCCUUUUUUUUUUUUUUUGUAGCCUUAUAAUUUUAUUUGUGUUGGCUUGUUUUACUUCUUUGGUUGGGUUGUCUUCUCAUCUGUGCGAAUAUUAAAGAUAUCUUGUAGCUGUAUUUUAGCCUCUUUUUGGUGUAGAACAUGGUGUGGAAUGAUAUAUGCUUAAUUUGUUAAUGGCCUGUUUCUGUACC